CGGCUCGCCCUCUCUCGCUGGCGGCUGGGCCCGGCUCCUUCCCGAGCACGCCGCCUCCAAUUCUUCCCUUCUCCCUCCCCCUCUCCUCGUCCUCCUCGCCUCUGUCGUCUGCUGCUCGGGUGCCGUGGAGCGGCGGGGGUUCCAUCUCCGCGCCGCUGCCUGCUCCCCCCACCUGCCGCGCCGGUUCCGUCUCCUCCCGGUCUCAAGAUGAUCGGUUCACUCGUUACCGGAGUUCUAACCCUUGUUCUUGGAUAUGCAUACCCUGCCUAUGACUGCUACAAGACGGUGGAGCUAAACAGGCCUGAGGUCGAGCAGUUGCGGUUCUGGUGUCAGUACUGGAUUUUACUUGCAGUUCUCACUGUACUGGAGAGAGUUGGGGAAAAUUUCGUGUCAUGGUUACCAAUGUAUAGUGAAGCAAAGCUGGCAUUUAUUGUGUACUUGUGGUAUCCAAAGACACGUGGGACUGCCUAUGUGUACGAGACUUUCUUCAAGCCAUACAUCGCAAAGCAUGAAACUGAGAUUGACCGAAAUCUGCUUGAGUUGAGGACAAGAGCUGGUGACAUGGCAGUUGUUUACUUCCAGAGGGUUGCAAACUAUGUCCAGACAAGGUCCUAUGAAAUCUUGCAGUAUAUUGCCUCACAGUCACCGUCUCAAAGACCUCGCCCUCAGGGACAGCAACAGCAGCAGCGCCCACCUCCACCACGGACUCGGCAGGUGAACCCUGGACCUCCACCUGUUCCUGCGCCAUCAGCUCCUCCGAUGCCACCACAGCCUGCCCAAGCCCAAGUUCCUCCCGCACCACCAAGGCCCCCAGUUCCAGUUGCCCCUCCUGGUGCAGUGCCUCCCACCCAGCCACAGCCACCACCUGCUCCUGGAGCUGCCGCCACCAAUGGUCCUCAGAACACCGAAGCCAUGCAAGUCGACCCCCCCCGUGCGUCCACGAGCAGCGCACCGCCACCACUACCAUCUGAGGAGACGCUCAUUGAGGAGGCGAUCCGGCUGACUCGGGGCCGACUCAGGAGGCGCAUGGCUGCAGGAUCUGGACCACCGCCAAAUUAGCAUCGACCAAGGUUCAUCUCAUGCAGGUCACUCUACACUGGGCUGGUUCUGUUGCUCAACUGAAAAGACAUUGGGGAAUGCUGAGUUGGUUAAACAGAUUUCAGUUUCCAAGCAUUCAUUCCUACCGUACAAACUGGAACCGGUUUGGUGUUGUUUCACGACUCAAAUGUGAAUAGAUUCCCAGGAACAGAAGUGGAUUUCGUGAUGCUCAUAGAUCAGUCUGCAGGAUAGCACUAGGAAAUACGACUGGGCUGCAAACAUAUGUGAAGUGGGCGGAUGCUGCAGGUGCAGCAUGUCUGAAUACGUCUGGUCUGAUCUGGUCUUUGAAGAACAAAAAGAGUGCCUGUACUCUAUGCAUUAGCAUUUAGCAACGAUGAUAGCACUGAAUACAGUAGCUUGGAAUCCAAAUCUGAAGGAGCUGUUGCAGCACCA